AUGGACCUCAAGGUGGAAGCAAACAUGGUCCAUGUCGAGGGUUGGCACACCCAAGCACUUAAUUCUCACAGCUUCGACCUUCUUCCAGUGGUUAUGGAUGUCAUCCAACAUGUUUAUGGACCUCAAGGUGGAAGCAAACAUGGUCCAUGUCGAGGUAUGGACCUCAAGGUGGAAGCAAACAUGGUCCAUGUCGAGGGUUGGCACACCCAAGCACUUAAUUCUCACAGCUUCAGACCUUCUUCCAGUGGUUAUGGAUGUCAUCCAACAUGUUGUGAUAUGGACCUCAAGGUGGAAGCAAACAUGGUCCAUGUCGAGGGUUGGCACACCCAAGCACUUAAUUCUCACAGCUUCAGACCUUCUUCCAAGUGGUUAUGGAUGUCAUCCAACAUGUUUAUGGACCUCAAGGUGGAAGCAAACAUGGUCCAUGUCGAGGGUUGGCACACCCAAGCACUUAAUUCUCACAGCUUCAGACCUUCUUCCGAGUGGUUAUGGAUGUCAUCCAACAUGUUUAUGGACCUCAAGGUGGAAGCAAACAUGGUCCAUGUCGAGGGUUGGCACACCCAAGCACUUAAUUCUCACAGCUUCAGCCUUCUUCCAGUGGUUAUGGAUGUCAUCCAACAUGUUGUGAGUGACUCCACCCUUUCCUAG